GUGUCGAUUGUUUCUUCGGUUCUGAGUGAGCCUGUGGGCAGCAAACACCCUGGUCCAAGGAUCGCACGCACCUGGAGAGGCGUGGGCUGCCUAGGAGAGCUCUCCUAAAGCUCACAGCUAUCCUGAAGGGGCACGUUGCUAAAGCGAGGCAAAGCCAAAAUGAAAAUGCAGGAAAAGCACAUUGUUCCCGCCCCCCGCCCGGACCACCGCCACCGCCGUCGCUGCUGCCUCCACCCAGCUAUAAAAACCAGCGGAACCCCGAAAGGUGUGGAUGCUUAUUACAGACCGAGCCAACACCAGCGCCCAGAGCCAGGUUCUCCUCCGCAGCGAGCACCUCAAAUCUAAUUCACAUUCGGAAGGUUGAAAAAAGAAGGAUCAUUCGAGAGCUUAGAUCAUCCCUGGGGCCAUGGACUCGGACGCCAGCCUGGUGUCUAGUCGCCCAUCGUCCCCAGAACCCGAUGAUCUUUUUCUGCCCGCCCGGAGCAAGGGGGGAAGCAGCAGCGGCUUCACAGGAGGGACUGUGUCCUCGUCCACGCCGAGCGACUGCCCGCCAGAGCUGAGCUCCGAGCUACGAGGGGCCAUGGGCGCGUCAGGCGCGCAUCCCGGGGACAAACUGGGCGGCGGUGGCUUCAAGUCAUCUUCCUCCAGCACCUCCUCGUCCACGUCCUCGGCGGCCACGUCUUCCACCAAGAAAGACAAGAAGCAGAUGACUGAGCCCGAGCUGCAGCAGCUGCGCCUGAAGAUCAACAGCCGCGAACGCAAGCGCAUGCACGACCUCAACAUCGCCAUGGACGGCCUGCGGGAGGUCAUGCCUUACGCGCACGGGCCGUCGGUGCGCAAGCUCUCCAAGAUCGCCACGCUGCUGCUGGCGCGAAACUACAUCCUCAUGCUCACCAACUCGCUGGAGGAGAUGAAGCGACUGGUGAGCGAGAUCUACGGGGGUCACCACGCCGGCUUCCACCCAUCGGCCUGUGGCGGGCUGGCACACUCGGCGCCUCUACCCACCGCCACGGCGCACCCCGCGGCCGCCGCGCACGCCGCGCACCACCCGGCCGUGCACCACCCCAUCCUCCCUCCCGCAGCCGCCGCCGCCGCCGCAGCCGCCGCCGCCGCAGCGGUGUCCAGCGCCUCUCUACCGGGCUCCGGGCUGUCCUCGGUCGGAUCCAUCCGGCCUCCGCACGGCCUGCUCAAGUCACCGUCGGCAGCCGCAGCCGCCCCUCUCGGAGGCGGGGGUGGAGGCAGCGGUGGCAGCGGUGGCUUCCAGCACUGGGGCGGCAUGCCGUGCCCCUGCAGCAUGUGCCAGGUGCCGCCGCCGCACCACCACGUGUCGGCUAUGGGCGCCGGCACCUUGCCGCGCCUCACCUCCGACGCCAAGUGAGCCGGCCAGCGGGGGUGCGUCCUGGAGAGCCAAGGGCUGCGGAGCAGCGCGGACAGGCCAGCGCUGGGGCUCCGGGGCUCUGUUGCAAGAAGGGGAGCUGGACCACGGGCUGGGCCUAGGGGAUUAUGGGGAGUCGAAUAUAUGGGAACCGAAGCAAUGGGAGCAUUUGAAGCGAUGGAGAGAUGCGUUCGUUCCAGAACCUGGUUGACUCUUUGGCUGAACACUCCAAGGGUCUGGGAGGCGCCAUUGUACAAAACGGCCACAACGCGCGGGUACUUUCAUCCCUGGAACUUCCUGCCUGCACCCCCAGGAAGUCUAAAAACUAACUUUCCGGUGUACAAAGAUUGACUCCCUGUCUGGGCUUAGACGAGACGCAGAGCACUGCACUUGACUUCUUUCCCCCACUUCAGGCGGGGUAGGAGACUCCCAGGAACCGCACUGCAGAAGCGACCUCUGGGCCUCACCCUGCAGGUUCAUCCCUGGCCCAGGGCCAGGCACUAAGUUAGUAGACGCUGGCGUGGGUAUCAGAAGCACUUAGGGUCCUGUGGUCUCAGAAGUGUGGCCUUCCCUCCUGUUGUCUCUCCUGUUGAUUUGUGGUUUCCUAACAAAUCUGUGAAUGUUCCUUUUCAGAGCACAGGAGCAAGCUUUACAGACGCUUAAAAUAGCACUUGUGGAAUGGAAUAAUCCCAAAAGUCCCGAUAUGGAACGGAAUCCUUUUUGGGUCUUAUUUUUAAAUAGAUCUCCCCCCACACACACGCACACACACACUCACGCAACACACAUUCUAAGCACACAUCAAUUGGUUUCUUACCCGACUGGGGACGCUGUUUUUUGGUACCUGGGGGCUUGACAAAAGAACAACAUCAAAAAGUUGCUGUGAAUAUAGUUUGAGCUUUUUGGGAGGGGGUAUUCUGUUGGGUUUUUAAUAAUUUCUUGUGUGUGUAAAUAUAAUAUCAACGAAAUGCGCGAUGCGAAGCUCUUUGUUCACGUGACUCCCCCCUCCGUCUAAGCCCGCUGUUUUCUUUCUGUGUCGUUGCCCUCCCACACACACACCUUUUGCCACCGUUAACACGAGGGGCAAACCCCUUCAUGCGCGCUCCCUGGCGCGACCUGCAUUACAACGUGGGCUUUACUGCGCCUGCCUCCUAACCUUCCACCUCUUCCGCGCUGCCCCUGCAGAGUGUAUCUAUCACCUGUUUUAUUUUUGUAAAGAAAAAGAAGUGCUAAAUAAUAUUUAUUACUUGUUUGGUUGCAUAAAACGAAACAAAUGAUGGAGUGUUGAGAUUUUAAAUAAAAUUUAAAGCAAGG